GACAUUGUACACACGUUAUCUGAUACAAGCUGCAGGACAGACGAUCGGAGGAAUAAUGGAGACCCCAGUGGUUGCAGUUCUGAUGCUGGUACUACUGAGUGGACAGUCAGUCACAGCAAGAGUGCUCACAGAAGUGGAGCCAAGAAAUUAUGACUACACAAAGUAUCACCCGCUGCCUGAGAUCACGGCAUGGAUGAAGCAGAUUGAAACUGAGAACCCAGAAGUGGUGUCCAGCACGGUCUAUGGGAAGUCCUAUGAGAACAGAGACAUUGCAUUCCUCAAGAUUGGCCUGAAAUCCACUGAAAACAAGAAGGCCAUCUGGAUGGACUGUGGUAUCCACGCCCGAGAAUGGAUCUCCCCGGCCUUCUGCCAGCACUUUGUCAAAGAGAUACUUCGCACCUACAAAACCGACACCAAGGUGGGGGAGAUGCUCAAGAACCUGGACUUCUACAUCACCCCUGUGCUGAAUGUGGAUGGCUACACGUACACUUGGACAGACAACACGACUCGGCUGUGGAGGAAAAACAGAUCGCCAGGCACUGGUGGUUGCAACUGCACAGGCACAGACCUCAACCGCAACUAUGAGGCCGUGUGGGGGACUAUUGGUGUGUCCACGAACUGUUGCUCCAUCAUCUACCACGGUCCCGAGGCCACAUCAGAAGCUGAGACCAAGGCUGUGGUGGACUUUGUGCAGUCCAAGAGCAAAGACAUCCUCUGCUUCCUGACCAUCCAUUCCUUCGGCCAGAUGAUCCUCUUCCCUUACGGCCACCCCAACAUCAAGGCCCCCAACUACGAUGAGCUGACGGAGGUGGUGAAUGCUGCAGCCAAAGCCGUAAAGGCAGUUCAUGGAAUGGACUAUGUAGUGGGUUCCCUCACAGAAGCAUUAUACCCUGCAGGAGGAACCUCCAUGGACUGGGCUCGUCUUGUCGGUAUCCCCUACUCCUUCACAUUCGAGCUGAGGGACAAGGGUGUCCACGGCUUCGUCCUCCCCGAGGACCAGAUCCAGCCCACCUGCGAAGAGGCCUAUGAGGGAGCUCGCUCCAUCAUCACCUACGUUCACGACAAGGCCUUCUACAACGCUGCUGCCAGCGUUACGGCAACCCUGUGGACAACAGUACUGGCCUCAACACUGCUAGCCCUUCUGUAAAAGAGGGGACCUGCAGACAUAGAGGGAUUUAAAUACAGAUUGCCCCUUUAUGCGCUAGACCCAUAUCUAAGAUAAGGAAAUAAAUCUUUCUAUGACACCGUGAAGAAAUAUAAUUUGAAUAUAUUAUGUGUCUUUUUGUGCUGUGAUAUAUGCAAACAAUUUCAUGGUUAGAGUACCAAAAUGAAUAAAAAGCACAUGAUGCGUCCAAAAAAGAAAGCAGCCAGAAUAGGACCGGUGCAGGUACGUAAAUAUGAAUCUGUCCACAUUUUAUACAAAUUCAUGUGAAUGUCACAAUCAUUGCUGUUUUACUUGCCAAAAUGCCAACGGAUGUUUGCUUGUGGACUACUUAAAUGGUGACGCUCUUUAGUCUUGAGUGCUAACUCAAAGAACACAAACACGUCUAUGUUCUAAAAUUACUGUUUGGCAUUAGAACUUUUUUUUUAGAUAGAUAAUAUUACAUUUUAUCUAUUAAUGUGUACUUUUAUAAUUCGGUCUUCCUAUUGGUCACCGUGUGUAUAGCUUAAACUGAAGAAAGUCGUUAAAGGACUAAAGGACUUAAAAAUAUAUAAUAAACUUGUGUGAUAUUGGUGACAAGCACUCCUGACAAAAUCCAAA